AUGUCUGCCUCAGAAAGUACGCCAACAACUGCGAGGCGCCAGACAUGCCGAUUUUCUCAGAUUAAAAUAAAGCCAAGACCACAUGGUAUUGGCACUUACACAUCGAAUUCAUCAUCAGAAUCUCCAAGACAAAGAAGUAUUUCAAAAAGAAGAGUUACUAAGUAUAAAGACGAGAAGCCACCUGAAAAGAUUCAAUCAUACAUUAAGGAAUCGCCACCAAAAGAGAAAAAGAAGGAAGAAACGGAUAAUGAUAAAAUCGAAAAAGUCGCAAGCCAGCUUCUUGAAGGCGAAUCUUUAGAUAUUGUCGAACCGAAAGAUCGUGCUAAUGUAAUUUCUUUUCUUAAACGCUACUCUUCUCACCAAGCACAAGCUCGAAAUUACGUCGAAGCUAAAAUCGCUUUAAAUAUCAUAGAUGGGCUUCAGCAAUACGGUAAUGUUGAGGAAAAACCAGAACCUGAUACAUCAAUUGAAGUUGAAACGGCUCUUGCAGAAGAAAAUCACGAUACGUUACAACAAUCUCAGCAAGAAGAACUUAAUUAUUUUGAUGAGCAGACUGAUAUGAAACGAAAAAUGCUAGUACUUCAGCAAAAGAAUAAAAUGGACGAAUUUGAAGAAGAAUGGGUACAUGAAAAGCCAAGAAAAUACAGAAAACCAUCUUCAACACUACUUGGAUAUUCACAAAUUGAAAAACAAGUAGCUUUGGCCGGUGAUUAUGAUUAUGCUCAGAAAAUUAAAGAUCAAUCAGAAGCUCAGACUAUAAAAGAAGCAGAAUUAGCUCAGAAAAGACUUAGACAAGAUUAUUUGAACGCCAAGAAGAAACUGAAACAAGAUCAGGCCCAGCAAAUGAAAAUUUUUGAAGAUACAAGGGCAAAUCAAAGAGAUAUCAUUGUUCAGAGACACCAAAGAGAAUUAAAUGUGACUAUGAAGAGAAUAGAUGUUGUUUACCUUCGUUCUAUGGAAAAACAUAGACAGGCAAAAACAUCAGCUAAUUCUCCACGAAGGCAAGCUGAUAAUGCUGGUUGUCGCAUCCUAAACUUAGGGCAGAAUAAUAAAACAAUUCUCUUACCAGAAUUAAUUCCUCCAAAUGACCCUAGAAUGAAAGAGAUCGAAGAUAAAGAAAAAGAAGCUAAAAAUAAGAAGAAGGAACAAACAGAGAAGAAGCUUAAACAGAAAUAUUCUGUUUUCUCACGUUAUUAUAGAACUGAAAUGGAUUCAAAAAAUUAA